UUCAGAACGAGAGGGGUGCUGCAGCUGGCACAGGAGGAGCUUCAAUUUACAAGUAAACCCUGUGCAAAACUGAACUGGAUGCAAGUCGGAUUCAACUUUUACAAACGCAUUGUAUGAAAUACAUGGAAAGCACACGACUCGGGAUCAGUCGAAUUUUAAUAACAAAGAAAAGAUGUAAGACUGAGAAGAAAGUCGAAGGAGGGGUGUUUGUUUCGCAAAGUCCUUACACUUGUGUUGAGUUUUUGCUGACUGAGUGGUAAUUCACUGGGAGUUCUAUUAUUCGUUUCCUUGUUUGGGACUAUGGCGCUGAGGGCGAGGGCUCUGUAUGACUUCAAUUCGGAAAAUCCCGGGGAGAUCUCCGUGCAGGAAAAUGAAAUCGUAACCCUGGACAGCGAGACGGAUAUUGAAGGCUGGCUGGAAGGAGUGAAUAGCCAUGGGGCUAGGGGUCUCAUCCCGGCUUCUUACGUGGAAAUCCUUAAGACAGGCGAGCCUGCCCCUUCUUUAAACAACGCAGCCGCCGAUGGGAACACGUCCAGGUAUGCCAACGUUCCCACCUGUGGAUACGACACUUCAUCUUACAUGAGCCAGAUCCAGAAUCAAAAUUUUACCCAAUCCCCGGCAGCCUUUACUUCGCUUUCUGUUCCUAUACAGCAGCAGCAGCAGCAGAACUACCAGGCGAGCCAAGGCAGCGAUGAUGACUGGGAUGACGACUGGGAUGACAGCUCGACCGUGGCGGACGAACCCGGGGUGAUGGGGGGCGGCAGUCCUGACAGCCAUGCGACUGGAGCCGCUCGAUACAGGUUCUCCACCCGGUCCGAUAACUCCUCUGUAUACAGCAGGAGUGGUCAGCAUCAUUCGGCCAAGGGCUCGACGACUGUCAGUAGAAACCUCAACAGGUUCUCGACCUUUGUGAAAUCUGGCGGAGAAGCGUUUGUACUGGGGGAGGCUGCCGGCUUUGUGAAAGACGGUGACAAGAUCUGCGUGGUGAUGAGUCAGUAUGGCCCCGCAUGGCAGGAGAACCCGUACCCCUUCACGUGCUCCAUAGACGACCCAACCAAGCAAACCAAGUUCAAGGGGAUGAAAAGCUACAUGUCUUACAAGCUGACGCCCACGCACACGCAAAACCAGGUGAACCGCAGGUAUAAGCACUUCGACUGGCUGUAUGCCCGCCUGGUGGAGAAAUUCCCUGUUAUUUCGGUGCCACAUAUACCGGAGAAACAAGCCACGGGCAGGUUCGAGGAAGACUUCAUUUCCAAAAGAAGAAAGGGGCUGAUUUGGUGGAUGAACCACAUGACCACCCACCCAGUCCUAUCGAGGUGUGAUGUGUUUCAGCAUUUUUUGACCUGCGCUAGCACGGACGAAAAAGCAUGGAAGCAAGGAAAAAGGAAGGCGGAGAAGGAUGAAAUGGUGGGGGCCAAUUUCUUCCUUACCAUCAGCACCCCGCCUGCCCCGCUCGACCUGCAGGACGUGGAGAGUAAAAUCGAUGGCUUUAAAACCUUUACUAAGAAGAUGGACGACAGUGUGCUGCAGCUCAACGCCACUGCCAACGAGUUCGCAAGGAAACAGAUCGCUGGGUUUAAGAAAGAAUAUCAGAAAGUAGGCCAGGCUUUUAAAUCCCUGAGCCAAGCGUUCGAGCUCGACCAGCAGCUGUACUCGGCGGGGCUGAACCAUGCCCUCGCACACACUGGAGACGCGUAUGAUGCCAUCGGGGAGUAUUUUGCAGAACAGCCCAGACAGGACGUUGACCCAGUGAUGGACUUGUUAGCUCUAUAUCAGGGACACCUGGCAAACUACCCGGACAUCAUCCACGUCCAGAAAGGAGCCCUCACCAAAGUGAAGGAGAGCCAGAAGCAUGUGGAGGAGGGGAAGAUGGAGGCACAGCAGGCAGAGGGCAUCAGCGAGCGCUGCAACAUCAUCUCCUUCACCACGCUGGCAGAGAUCCAGCACUUCCACCAGGUCCGCGUGCGUGACUUCAAGGCCCAGAUGCAGCACUUCCUGCAGCAGCAGAUCUGCUUCUACCAGAAGGUCACACACAAACUGGAGGAGACCCUGCAGAAAUAUGACAGCGCCUAAGAGGCCCCCUUCCACCGCCCCCCCUCCUCUCCCCAACUCUGAACAACAGCUAGCCCUGUUUCCGCAAUACCAAUGGAAGCACACUCCAGCUACCCACUGUAAUCCUGCUCCUCAGAUACUGCAAUCCCAAGAGAAACACACACCAGCCACCCACUGCAGUCCUGCUCCAGUCGGAUUGUGCGCCGCUGUUGUUUUCACAGUGGUUUAGGGUCCAGUGACUAUACCCUGACCUUACUGAGAAAACAAGGCACACAGACACCAAGGAGUUACAUAGAGCUUAGUACUGUAGAUCAUCUUUAUUGGUAUUUAUCAGCAAAUCAAGUAAAACACUGCAGUGGUUUGUCUAUAGAGAGGGAGGUAUGUAGGUUGGUGGGACUAUAUUAGAAAAAAACAUAAAACAGGAAGUAUAUUAGAACAGGAAGUUAUAUUUUGUAUGCUUACACAUAUUUGUUAUAUGCCUUAUUGCAUUGUAUAAAAAGUGUUUUGAUAUGUUAGUCUUUAUUAUGCAUCCAACAUGUUAAAAUGAUCCUGUGAUAAAGAUAUCUACCAUAGACUGGCCUGCCUUGGUUGCCUUGGGAUGUCCCCCUGGAUAAACUUGAGCCUCAACAAGAAAUAGCCGUUCGCAGUGACCUAAUAGAGCAGCUGUCACUGCUGCCUUGUGCCUUUAGACUUCCUGUCUCUGUUAACCUAAUAACAACCUAAUAACAAAUAGAUCCACAAAACAUAAUCAGGCUUGUUUUAAAGGCUUGACCAGCAAAGUAAAGCACAUUUCUAAUGUGAAGCCAAGCUGUAAAAAGUCGAAUGACCUCCCUCUCCAGUGCCUUGAAGGAUGACCUCCCUCUCCAGUGUCUUGAAGGAUGACCUCCCUCUCCAGUGUCUUGAAGGAUGACCUCCCUCUCCAGUGUCUUGAAGGAUGACCUCCCUCUCCAGUGUCUUGAAGAAUGACCUCCCUCUCCAGUGUCGUGAAGAAUGACCUCCCUCUCCAGUGUCUUGAGAAGUAAAAUUGCUUGUGUAUACAGUAGUUCCUGAUGAAAUUCCAAGGAGAAGCCUGUGGUUUCUCUUCACUCUUGAGGGAAUGUUACUAAUGAAGAAGCAAAGAAGACUGGAAUGUACCGAGGGAGUGGGAGAUCCAGGCUUGGUGUUUGCACUCAAGGCACCAGCAUAAACACAAAAUCAGAAUACAGACACCAGGCUUGUAUUCAAAGAAAGCAUGCUGGGUGUCUGACAACAGGAAGUACUUUUCAAAUCUCUGUGGAUCUCUGCUUUGAAAACUGCUUUUAAGUGUAAUGCUAAAGCAGGACAGUCUUUAUAUAUAUAUAUAUAUUUUUUUUUUUCUGUAGCACUUCAUAUAAAAGUGACAAUUGAAAGCUGCAUCUCUUCAAGCUAUUCAGCUGCUCCGUGCAGCUCCCAGGACCCAGUGUACCAACUAACAGUACAAAAUAAACCCUUCCCACAGAA